AUGGCGGUGGAACCCUUCAACAUUGUUGUCCGGAAUACCUUCAUUGAUGCUGUGCAAGAGCCGGAAGGCAGAGUUCUGGAUGACAGCCCCUUGAAUCGGACGCAUUCCGAUCCAACUGGAGGCUACUCCAAACAGGUCUUGAACUUGGACAGGAUAGUGCCGCGAGCAGGAAUAGCCGAGGAGGAAGAGGUUCACGACCUCCCAGAGCCAGCUUUCCACCGUCGGAUGAAACUAGAGGAAGAGGAGGAGGCGCCCCUGGCUCGGACGAGGAGCAUGGGUCAGCCGCAGCCGUCGGCCUCCGUCCUGGCAGGCAUCGGCCGCACCCUCUCGGCGGCCUCUGCAGGCGAAUCGCUGCAACGACUCCUGACUGGUGGUGGCGAGGAUGAAAGCUUUGCGGCUGCCAUGGAAACGGUGCCACCUUGGGUUUCGUCUGUAUCCGCCGGGUCCACAAGCUCCGGCAUCUGCAAUGAUGCCGCCAAGGUGGAGCCGAGAUCUCUUCAGAAUUCGGUGUCCUCAGCAGCGCGCAGGUGGAGUAUUGAUAACCUGACGGUUCAGACGGCGGUUCAGACUGCGGCUGCGCAGAGUGCUGCCCAGGCGGCAGCGGCCCGACUUUCAGCGGCUCAGGUUCAGGUGGCGCUGGAACUUUCCAAGGCGAAAGCAGAGGCGGCACACGCCAAGACAUUGGCUCAGGCUUCAGCUGAGGCUCUAGCCAAGGCCCAGGCCAGCCAGCCCUGCGGAUGUUCUUGCGGGAUGCCUUGCGGCUAUCCCUCCUUGGCCUCGGCCUCCACCGCCGCCUCGCCCUUCAGACAGGACCGCGG